AUGGCAUCCUCCGCAGCCGCAGCCGCCGUCCCGGCGAUGGACAUUGCCAGCCUGCUGACGGUGAUCAUCACGACGUCGCCGACGCCGUCGGCGCCCUGCACGGACCUGCUGUCGGCGGUGCUGGCGUCGUUCCGCGCCCACUGUCCGGCACUGCUGACGUGUCCGGUGACGGUGGUCUUUGAUACGUACGACCGCGUGGUGCCGCGAGCGCGGCUGAAAAAGGGCUGCGUCACGGCUGAGGAGGCCGAGUCGUACGUGGCCUACAAGGACAACGUGCGGCAGCUGGUGCGGGACGUGUGGGCACCGGCGGACAGCCGCGACGACAGCGGGACCAUCUCGAGCGGCCUCGCCGAGUAUGGGUCCCCGUUCAUCGCCGACAACGCGGUGGCCUUUACGACGACGCGCUCAGGCGACGGGCGGAUCGCGUUUAUCGAGCCGGCAGCGCGGCUGGGCUUUGGUCUGGCCGUGCGGACGGCCGUCCGGGCAGCCACGACGCCGUACGUCUGGAUUCAGCAGCACGACUGGACGCUGGUGUCGGACAUUCCGCUGGCGGCCAUGCUCGAGGUCAUGGCGACGUGUGAGGGCGAGGAAGAGGGCGAGACCGAACCGGGUGGGCUGGCCGGACAGAGCGACACGACAGAGCAGAGCGAGAACCCCUCGUCCAGCUCAGACUCUGGUUCCGUGGCUUCCUCAGGCGUCGACCCCGAAGAGGCUGUGCCGGUGCGCUAUAUCUGCCUGCCGUCGGUUCGCAUGCUGCGCUAUGCCACGUCGCCGCACGUGGUCAACUUCCCGGUCCUCCGAUCGCUGACGGUCUCGCUGAAGAGCGAGUUCCCCGUCUCAGCCUCGGUCUCGGCCCUGCCGACAACGCGUCGCGACCGCCUCCCUCUCACGCCCCUCUUCUUCUGGCACGACAAGACGCACCUGGCAUCGACAGCCCACUAUCUGCAGCGGGUCUUUUCGACACGUCUGGCCAUCGGCCGCGGCGACUUUAUCGAGGACCACAUCGGCCAGCGGGCACGCACGCAGAUGAAGAAUGACCCGGCCGUGUGGCGCAACUGGGCCUGCUGGCUCUACUAUCCCGACGACGGCAACGAGCUGUGUCUGCGCCACCUGCAGGGACGCACCUGGAGGGGCGAGAAGCAGGAGCAAGAGAUGCGCGACAUGUACCGGGAGAGAAACCGAUCGGCCGCCUCGGCCGCAGCAGAAGCAGCCAAGGCGGCCGCAGCAGCAGCUGUCCGGAAGGCGUCUCCCCUCUCGCCUUCGUCUCAUCCGCCUUAUCUGAUGGACUGGUCGGCUGACAUUUUUGCCGAUGAGGAGCCGAGCAGAUAA